AUGCCAUUGGGUUCUCUCCAAAAUCACCUCCAUGAUCGGUCUCCGGGCAAAGCACUGCUAGACUGGAACACAAGGAUGAACAUAGCUGCCGGCGUGGCCAAGGGUUUGGAGUAUCUGCACCACCAAGGUGUGGUGUACCGCAAACCCAUGAGCAGCUCGGACAUCUUGCUCGGAGAUGGCUACCACCCAAAGCUGUCCCAGUAUGGACUGGCAGAGCUUCAUCAGCUAGGUGCAGAGGAAAUCAAGAGCUUCACGCGAAGUACUAAUAUUGCCCCCGAGAUGUUAGCUACCGGGAGGGUGACCACCAAGUCGAACGUGUACAGCUUCGGCGGCGUGCUGCUGGAGUUGAUCACGGGACGGACCCCCUUCGACCCCGCCCAGGCCGCCGCCGAGGAUCGGAACCUUGUCAUGUGGGCGACACGAGUGAUGAAGGACAGGAGCCAGCUCCGGUGGAUGGCAGACCCGGCGCUGCAGGACCAGUAUCCGUCCAUGGGUUUGCAGGAGGCACUAGAAGUUGCUUCCAUGUGCAUCCACCAACGGCCGGCCAUGAGAUCCCCCAUUGGCGCCGUCGUCGCAGCUCUGUCUCGCCUUGCCGCCUGCGAUGAUCCUCCACCUGAAUCAUCACACCACGCGGCGCCUCGUUAA